AACAGCGAUAAGCGGUUUCGACAGAGCGGCUCGGUCUCGCACUAGAUAGAGUCGCACAUUCUCAGUGAGGUCCACACCAUUUCAGCGACAGAAGAGAUGGUGACAGAGAGAAGGAGGCUGCAAUGGGGUCUACUAAUUCUUUUCUUCCACAACGUCUUACUUAGUGUUACCUGCUUUUCAACUGCUCGUACAGUACACGAAGCACUAGAGAGCAAAAUUAUAAUUUGCUCGCAGAACACAGACUGUCACGUAGUUGCUUCGGUGUCGGUUCCAGUUGAAAACGAUCCUCCAAACGAAGUACCGAGUGCCAUUCAAGACACAAACAGCCUAAAAAAUAUAACACUUCCUCUGUACGACACUAAAGGAGCGAUUCUGUCACCACAAACCACCAAGAUAAAUGUUGCUAACAUCCCCAAGUCCAUUACUAUCCUCUACAACAAGAAAAAAGUAAUGAACUUGUUCGCAGAUUCGUCUAUUGACACAUUAGUCGAUUUCGUCAUAGACAUGGUGAAACAGGAGAUAACGAAGAGAGGAAAGAGCCAAAUACAGAUACCUGACAUUCAUGAGACAUUUCGUAAGAGAGUUGGUCCUUUAAAGGUUAAAGGAACAUUCGAUGCCGAAAAGGGUUGGUUCAAAUCUUUGUCGUCUUUAUAUCGCUCUGAGGGUAUCUCUGUUUCGAAAACUGGCAGCAUUCUGACAGUGACAGCUGGAGUAGGCCUAAAAGUAAUGGUACUCGGUUAUGACCAGUACAAGGCAAGGUUUGAGCAUAUUGGCCCUAAGGGACAUAUCAAGGGAGAAGUGGACCACAAUGCAGUUGAAGUCAAGCUGACUGUGGACCUCAGUGGCUCACACUGUAAGAUAGCACUGGCAGGUCUUAGAUUUAAGCAACUCAGUAAACUUAAGAUUCAUUUAAGUGGUCUCGGUAAGUUGAGUUGGAUAUUCUCAAAGGUAGUUACUUGGAUAACCAACAAAUUCAAAGGCAAGAUCAUAGAUAGUGCAGAGAGAAAGUUAUCUGAAAAUUUGGAAACGGUGCUUGGACGAAUACAUUGUUACAGUAGUAAAAGAAAUAGUUUCCUGUGACAAACAGAAAUGUCUACUGUUUUAAUUACAAACAUAAAUCGAAGUAGA